ACUAGCAUCCUCCUCCUCCUCCUCCUCCUCUUUCCCCCUCCCCCGGUCCCAGAGCUCAGCCUCUGCCUUUCAUGUGUGGCGGUCUCUGCCCCCUCGAGCCCCUCUUUUGUCUUCUCCUGUUUUCUUCGCCCUCCCCUUUGUUAGUCUGCAGCCGUCCUUCCAUGCCCCCUUUCCCGGGCCCUCCUUGAAGGCGGCCCCUCGCCUCCCCUCCCGUCCCUCCCGCUCCCCCUCUCCUCCCGUGCGCCCACCGGAGUGUCCGGCCCGAGGGGGAGAGAGAGGAAGGGGGUCGCCCAGGUGGUCCCCCCCGCGGACGGCAGCUCCAGCCGGGCCUCAUCGAUGCACCCCUUUCAGUGGUGUAACGCGUCCCGAGCGUUUAGUACGGCGCUCCGCGGGUACGACGGACUGACCGAACCACUGACGGGAAUCCCCCGCUGAGCCUCCAGGAAGAUGUUCGGAUGAGCGUGUCGGUCAGGAGAAGGGUGCCGUCACUGCGGAGGGCGGCUCUGCCCGCGGGUGUUUCUGUGGUCUGGGACUGGUUGCCGCCAACAGGUCGUGUGCGAUGCCUCCCAUCAGCUUCCAGGAUCUCCCGCUCAACAUCUACAUGGUCAUCUUCGGCACCGGCAUCUUCGUCUUCGUGCUCAGCCUCAUCUUCUGUUGCUACUUCAUCAGCAAACUUCGCCACCAGGCCCAGAGCGAGCGGUACGGUUACAGAGAGGUCGUGCUCAAAGGAGAUGCCAGGAAGCUCCAUUUAUACGGGCAGACCUGCGCCGUCUGCCUGGAAGACUUCAAGGGAAAAGACGAGCUGGGCGUGCUGCCUUGCCAACACGCCUUCCAUCGGAAGUGUCUGGUGAAGUGGCUGGAAGUCCGCUCCGUGUGUCCCAUGUGCAACAAGCCGAUCGCCGGCCCCCCCGAACCCACCCAGAGUAUCGGGACCCUGUUGGACGAGCUGGUCUGAGCCGCCCCCUCCCCCGGGACGCAGAGGGCCGGGCGGGGAGACCCCGACUCCUCUUGACCCCCGGCGGCCGGUGACUCCGGCCCGGGAGGGGCACGUUCUUGGCGGGGAAGAGGGUCAGAGGCCGGCCUUGCUCUUCCCCUUGGGGGAUCCCAGAAGCCGCUCCGGCGUCGCCCCCGCGGGGCACGGGCGACGGACGGUUGGACCGACGGACGGCCCG